AUGUCCGACUUUGACGAUGAGAUGGACGUUGAUGUCCCUGCAUCUAAAGACAUCAAAUUCUCUUCCGACGGUGCAUCCAAAGGCAAGCGCAGCGCCGCAAACCUCCCCGUCGAGGCCGAGGACAGCCUGCCAUGGGUUGAGAAAUAUCGCCCAGUGUCCCUCGCGGACGUAUCGGGCCACCAAGACAUCCUCGCAACCAUCAACAAGUUCGUCGACUCUAACCGAUUACCCCACCUCCUCCUCUACGGCCCCCCUGGCACCGGCAAGACCUCGACCAUUCUCGCCCUCGCCCGCCGCAUUUAUGGCUCGGAGAACAUGCGGCAGAUGGUGCUGGAACUCAACGCCUCCGAUGACCGCGGUAUUGAUGUCGUGCGCGAGCAGAUCAAGACUUUUGCCUCAACCAAGCAAAUAUUCACAAUGGGCGCCUCAGCGUCGCGGACGGGUAUCGCGGGGUUCAAGCUCAUCAUCCUCGACGAAGCCGACGCAAUGACAAACACGGCACAGAUGGCUCUCCGCCGAAUUAUGGAGAAAUACACUGCCAACACCCGGUUUUGCAUCAUCGCCAACUACUCCCACAAACUUAGUCCCGCCCUGCUGUCACGGUGUACACGGUUCCGCUUCAGCCCCCUCAAAGAGCAGGAUAUCCGGGUUCUGGUGGAUAAGGUGAUCGAGGAGGAAACCGUCAAGAUCAUUCCCGAGGCGACCGAGGCCCUGGUGCGGUUGAGCAAAGGCGACAUGCGUCGGGCGCUGAAUGUGUUACAGGCUUGCCACGCGUCAAGCACACCUUUACAACCCCGCGAUGCUCCCAAGAUACCAGAGAAGGACAUCGUCCGCGAAACCAUCACAACACAGACCAUCUACAACUGCGUCGCCGCGCCGCCGCCAGAUGCCAUCAAGAAGAUUCUCGGCACCUUGCUGAGCACGAGUGACGUUACAUCAUGCCUGUCGACCAUCAACACACUCAAGGUGGCCCAGGGGCUGGCGCUCGCAGACAUCAUCACAGCAUUGUCAGAUGAGUUGACCAAGUUGGAAGUGAAGCCGCAGGUCAUGAUUACCUGGCUGGAGAAGCUUGCUGAGGUUGAGCAUAGGGUAUCGAGUGGGUCAAACGAGGCGAUUCAGACAUCUGCUGUGGUGGGAGCGAUACGAAACGGUGUUGAGUUGAUGGGUUGA